AUGGAUUACGGAACCGUCAAGAUAGAUAUUACUGCUUCUACAAUGAGUCAAGAUCCAUCGUUAGGGUUUAGCCGUGUGUUCAUAAGUCUAAGUCGGUUCUCAAGUCAAGGAUCUUACCCAGAUUCCACUUUCCGCGACCCAAUCAAACUACAAAGCUUCUCACCGAACUAUGUCUAUCAACGUGUCUAUGACAAAUGCCACGAUCAUGUCUUGUCUCGACGUAUUACCGAUGAGAUUGUUGACCAGAGUCAACGGAGAGACUUGCCGCAAGGUCCCUUGUUCAUGAUGCUGUACGUCGACUUUACACAGAAAGAGUGCAUCGUCUUGCCUCCUAGUUCUGCUCCUUCUAGGACGACGACGACAGAUUCGAAACAGGAGAUUUGUUCGAUCUGCUUGGAGAACAUGUCGGUUUCUGAAUCGGAUACUAAACCCAGCUUGCAAUUGCCUCAAUGUAAGCAUGAGUUCCAUGAAGAUUGCUUCAUCAAGUGGUCUGUUCGACAUAACUCAUGCCCUCUUUGCCGUCGACCUGCAUGA